UGGUACGACUCUUCUACAUUCUGCUUUUCUUUUCCUGUGUGGGUUGUGCAUCUCUCGACGGGAGCUACAGGUUUGUUUUGACGUUGCAGUCCUUUCGAUUCUCUAUCGUCCUAGAAAGGCUAAUAGAAACUUUGAAAAGAUACAGCAGAGGCUUCUGAUAAGAUAGCAUCAUGGCGAGCGUCGUUCAGAUCGGCUGGGUGAGUCUUCACCACCCUUGCUCCGGAUCAUCGGAACUGACGGGAUCGAUGUAUCGCGCAGUAUGGCCUGGGGUCCAUGGGUCUUGGAAUGGCCACGAACCUCCAAAAGCACCUUGUUGCUACCAAGGGAAAGGGCUUGAUAUUCUCCAACCGCACACGGUCCAGGGGUGUCCCUCUGCAGGAGCUGGGCGCUGAAGAGGAAACGAGCUUUGAGAAGCUUGUCUCUAAGUGCGGCAUUAUCUUUACCAUGGUUGCCAAUGACGCUGUUCUAGACAAUCUUGUCUCUUCAGCUGUCAGCUCGGGAGCGUCACUCAAGGAUAAGAUCUUUGUUGACUGUUCGACUGUGCACCCCGACACGAUCGGUGCAGCUGCAGCGAAACUGAAAGAGAAGGAUGCGACUUUCGUCUGCGCCCCUGUCUUUGGAGGAGCUCCUGUCGCUGCCGCCGGGAAGCUGGUUUUCGCUAUCGGCGGGCCGAAAACGGCCCGUGAGACCAUCAAGCCACUUAUUCAGGAUGUUAUGGGAAGGAAGGUCAUCGACUGCGGAGAUGAGCCUAAGAAGUCUUCUUUGCUGAAAAUCGCAGGAAACAUUGUGACUGUCAGCUUGAUGGAGACUGUGGGAGAAGCACAGGUCUUCGCGGAACGUACGGGACUGGGGACUGGCCCAAUGGAAGAACUCAUCACAGAGGCAUUUGGUCCUGUUGCUGGAAGCUACUCUCAGAGACUCACCACUGGUAUUUACGCACCGCCUCUGAACACGCGUCCUGGAUUUGGUGUAUCUCUGUCAAUCAAGGAUGCAGCGCAUGCUCUCAAGAUGGCCAAGGACGCAAACGUCGAGCUCCCAGCACUGGAGGUGGCCCAGAAGAACAUGAUUGCUGCAAGAGAGUACGGAGGCGAGUGCCUUGACAGCAGCUCCAUGUAUGGAAUUCUGCGUCAGAAGGCCGGUCUUGCCUUCUGGAACGAAAAGAGUCGACAAGGAGGAAAAUAAUCCGCUUAUUCUCCACACUUUAUAUGUUUCUUUGUUUUUCUUUAUACCAAUCAUUUCCUGUACUUUUCGGCAUACUCCCUGUUCAGCCUUCUAGAAAUAUGCUUGUCCGUUUAUGCUUCACGGAUAGAUGGAAUAUCUCAUGAUCAGUCAUUACUUCUUUUAGAAGACGCCAUUGCUGGACAAUAGAAUAUUAAAUAUAUCCUGAAUAUGCAUUCUCCGUUCUAGAGGAACAUGUAAUCACAUCCUUUCGUCCUCUGAGAGAGAACUCGUGUUCGCUCAUUGUCUUUUGGUCGGGUGAUUCCAGUACCAGCUAAAGAAUGUCAAUAAUAGAGCAUUCACAGUUUCUGACAGGACAACAAAUGAUAACAAUGAUAGAUACCCAGACGCAUAAAUAUCUUCUGUCUGAUGCCAGUCAUUAGUAUGGU